AUGGAUUAUAAAAAAUCAGGUACUUAGAAUAUUAUUGAGCGUCCAAAUCAUUUGUUAGAAACAAAGCCAAAUAAAUUAAAAAAAUAGUUAUUAAAUGCAGUUUGCAAUGAUAAUUUAGAUGAAGUAAAAUAAUUAGUUGAAGUAGAAAAAAUACUUCCAAAUGAAGAACUAUCAAUAUAUGGCUACUUUUGGAACUCAAUACACUAUGCUGCACAUUAUGGAAAAUCAAAUAUUUUAGAAUAUCUCAUUUAGUAAUUGUACAAAGAGUAUAAAGAAGAUUUGACAAAAGAAAUUUUAAAUUAUUAAACCAAAGAAGGGUGGACAGCUUUAAUGAUUAGCUGCAUUUAUGAUAGUGUUUUAUGUAUUAAAAUGCUUAUUAAAUUAGGUGGAAUAAAUUUAAUCUAAAAAGAUAUUAUGGGAAGGACAGCUCUGGAUUUAUGUAAAAGUUAUGGGCAAGUAGAUUGCUUUGAACUUAUUCACGAAGCAAGAGAAAUUUAUGGUGAUGAAAUUCCUCUAAAUAAAAAUUACUUAGAAGAAGAUAUAAAUUCACUUUUUUAAUCGUUACAAAUAUCAAACAAAGAGUAUCAUUACUUAUGCUUGAAUGGUAUAUCCAGAGAUUGUAUAAUAUGUAACACAAACAAAGGCUAUUUAAAAUAUACAUAAUGCUGCUCUCAUCCUAUUCAUUUAGUUUGUUUUAUUGAAUAACCAAAAAAAGUUUGCUUAAAUUGUGACAAAUUUAAUUAUAAUAUUACAAGAGAACUCAGAGAGCCUGAACUAGCUUUUUUUAUACCAGAUCAACAGCUGAAUUUAAAUGAAUUGGAUGGAUUGAAGCUUUGA